AUGGCAGCCGCAUCAGCAGCAGGCAUGGGGCCACCAGCGACUGUGCUCCAAUCCACCCAGAACCCUCCUCCCUACCAUCCGACUCCUCCCCUGCCACCUCCACCACCAAGAGAACCAAGGGAACCGGAACCAGCGCCAGCACCCCCCACUCCCCAGAUCGCCAUGGCAGCAGCAGGCAUGGGCGCGCCUGUGACCGUUUUCCAGUCCACCCAGAACCCUCCUCCUCACCACCCGUCUCCUCCCCUGCCACCUCCACCACCAAGAGAACCAAGGGAACCAGCGCCAGCACCCCCCACUCCCCAGAUCGCCAUGGCAGGCAUGGGCGCUCCUGUGACUGUGUUUGCUGCCAAUUUCGGAAGCCUGAAGCCUCGCGUGUUGCUCAUUGACGGAACAUGCUACGCCUCCCACGCUGUGGUUCAACGCAUUGCCAGGGCGGACAGGGAUCAGAAGCUCUCUUUCUGCUGCGCGCAGUCAGAGACAGCACACCCCUACCUCGCUGCCUUCGGCCUCACCCCCGCUGACGUUCUGCUCUCUCCGGUGUACAUUCAAGGCUACAACGCCUCCUUCUCUGGCACUUCAGGUGGGUUUCCUUCCACCACUGCCUCCUCUGCCACUUCAGGUGGGUUCCUCCUGUUCUCAGAAUCUGCCUUCUCUACUGCUUCAGAUAGCAUCAGCCAUCCGACGUUCUGCUCUCGCCGGUCUACGUUCAAGGCUACAACACCUCCUUCUCUGGCACUUCAGUCAGAGGCGGCACAUCCCUACCUCGCUGCCUUUGGCCUCAACCCCUCUGACGUCCUCCUCUCCCUAGUCUACAUCCAGGGAUUCAAUGCUUCAUCCUCUGGCACCUCAGCGCCUCACUCAGUGCCUCCUCAAGUAGGCUACUUCUUUCCUCUGCUCUGCUACGAGUGGCCUGCAACCUGCCUCUCCCCUAACCCCUCCUCACCUCCCUCCUCCUUUCGAACUCUGCUGCGAGUGGCCUGCAACCUGCCUCUCCCUUACCCCCUCCUUGCCCUCCUCCCUGUGAGGCGCUUCAAACUGAACCUCAACUCUCUUCCCCUCCCCCCUGUCCCCUCGUCCACCCCUCUGCUCUUGUUCCCCGGUGCUGCCAGCUCUACUGAGAGUGGCAUGGGACCUGCCUCUCCCCUACCCCCUCCUCGCCUCCCUCCUCCUCAUCCCCCAACCUCUCCUCAACACCCCCUUCCUCUUCGCCUGGCGGCGCCGCCUCCGCGGCUUCAAGCAGGCCCCUCAGCGAUCCUCCCCUCCUUCCCUCACUCUAUGCCCCACAAACCCCUCCUCCCUCUCUAA